CUACUAGCUUGCAGGGCUUUUAUAAAAUUGACUGCACGUAGAUGUGUCCAGCAGUUUGUUGGUAACGUUCAAAACAGGGCCGGCUUCGUCAGCGCACAGAUUCCUGGCUGCGCAGAGCUCAUCUUCAUUGAACGUUACACAGUCGCACCGACUUUACGAGUGUCAUCGAUCGAUCAACCCUGAUCAAUUAAGCCCCGCCGAAAUGACGGCCACCUACUAGCAGAAUACAACCCCGGAAUCAUAUUGUCGUCAUGCAGCUUUCACCAAGGAUCAAUGAAGUGCUGCAUGGUCGUCUGUCGAGAUGCCGCUUCUGCCGGUCAACCGCAAGGCAUGAGUUGCCCUGGAGCGAGCGGUUGAUCGGGCAACCAGGUAUGAAAGGGCGCGCCGCACGAUGUCUUGCGUAUAACACGCAACACAAGUGUUGGUACUUGUUGUUAAGGUCUCGGGCCGAUCCAUCAGCAGCAGGCCCCAGCAUCCCCUCUCGCAAACAUGGUCAGACGAACUAUCACGCUGCUAGUGUGCGCAAUCGCGCUUCAGCUCUCGCCUGCUGCAUGUUCUCGCCGGAUGGAUCAGUCGCAGGUGCCAUUCACUACGAGCUGGCCGUCCUUCGGAGGAGGGCCGGUGAACCGCAACUGGAGGUCAGGCAUUACGACGGGGCGCUUCCGUGCCGCGCCGCAGAUCGCCUUCCAGGUCGACACCCAGGGUUCCGACGUGUCUGCAACCCCCACCGUCAUCAACCACUUCGUCUACUUUGGCGACUGGACUGGUUUCCUGUACAAGGUGGACGCUGUCACCGGCGCCGUGUCAUGGAAGAAGAACGUCACGGAGCUGGUGUGGCCCGGCGGCGUCGGCGCCACCAACAAGCUUGUCACCCGCACUGCCGCCACGGAUGCCGGCAACGGUAACAUCAUUAUCGGCACCCAGGUCCAAUCCCAGGGUCUACCCGGCAACCCCAAUGGCAACCAGGGCUAUGUGUUGGCUGUCAAGGCCAGCGAUGGCACUGCUGCAUGGAAGACCCUAGUGGACGAGAGCCCUUACGCCGUGGUUACUGCCUCGCCCACCGUUUACAAGGGUGCUGUGUAUGUUGGCGUGUCCAGCAUGGAGGAGCUGGUGGACGGAUUCGGGAUUGAGUGCUGCAAGUUCCGUGGGUCUGUUGUGCGCCUUGCGCUGGACACCGGCGCACUGCUGUGGAAGUUCUACACGGCCCCCGACGUGAAGGGCUGGUCUGGUAACGCCGUGUGGGGCAGCGCGCCCGCCAUCGAUGAGGCCCGCGGCUGGGUCUACGUGGCCACUGGCAACCAGUACACCGCUCCCCAGGACGUGCUUGACUGCCUCGAGAGCAGCGCCAGCAACGAGGCUAAGCUCGCCUGCGUGAGCAAGGAGGAGGGCAACUGGUUCAACAGCAUCCUGGCCAUUGACAUGAACACGGGUGCCCUGGCCUGGGGCCGUCGUGUCUCCUUCUUCGACGUCUGGACCACCGCUUGCAUUCCCUUCGUCCCGGGAGUGACUGACUGCCCCUUCGUUGAGAGCCCCGACUACGACUUCGGCCAGGCUCCCCUGUACUUCCCCGGCACCAAGUGUGCCUCGCAGACCAUGGACAUCCUGGUGGCCGGUCAGAAGUCGGGCUGGGGCUACGGUAUCGACGCCGCGACCGGCACCAUCCUGUGGAAGACCUACACAGGUGUUGGCAGCAGCAGCGGCGGUAUGCAGUGGGGUUCGGCAUCCGACGGUGUCCGCACCGUGUUCUACCAGAAUGCAAACUUUGCUUUUCAGAGCGUCCCUCUGACCAACCCCGCGCCUGGCAGCCCCGCUGUUGCGUCUGGCGGUUUCGCUACUGCUGUGGACAUCUGCACUGGCCAGAUCAAGUGGCAGGCCGCCAUCCCCAUCACGCCCGCCCGCCAGAGCGCCGCGGCGGGCCCGCCCGUUUAUGUUCGCGAGCUGGCCGCUAAUGGUAACGCUUACGUGGUGUACCCCACGCUGUCCGACGAUGGCAAGCUGGUCGUGUUCGACGCCCAGACCGGCAAAUACUACACCACACUGGUCGCCGGGCCUGGUUCCUCGGUCAGCGGUCCCUCCGUAGUGAACGGCUACCUCUACGUUGGCGUUGGCUACAGCCGCUUUGGUUUCGGAGCCAAUGCUGAGAAGCACGGCCUGACCGCGUUCCGCCUGUGAGCCAGUCGCGCAGGAAUGCAAGCAGUACCUACUGCUGCCAAUGCAGCCGGAAGAGGCGAGAACCUGAGCUGUUGCCUGCACAAACAGGAUGAGCUCGGCAGUAGUGGGCUCUUAGGGGGCCAUCAGAGUGCAUCGUAAAGUCGUGGUUUAGCGUGGAGACAAACACUGAAGAAGGCACCAGCGCAAGCGCUGUCGCCUUUUGCGUGUACCGUACAUAUGCGCGCGUGUGUAUCGCAGCAGUCACUCGACGCGGAACUUCCACUCCUGCAUCGUGUCCUGCAUUCAAUUGCCUGCAUAUAUUUUGUGGCCUUCAAUGCGUGAGUUUCGGGACUUCUGACCGCCAAGGCUUCAUCAAGCCGGAUAGGGUAUGCCUUGCUUGGGGUAUCCAGCGUGGGUAUCCAGUCGCUCUUGCUUAUAGUUCUAGCCUUGUACCAUUGUCGCGGGUCUGGAGUUUUGGUCGAUUGGAGA